AUGACAUACAUCCGCAUCGGUUUAGGUUUACUGGAGCUUGGCCAGUAUACGGCGGUUCUGGAGUUGUGGCCUAAAGGCUACAAGUCUCCGAAGCACCAUCACGGUGGUUGCGCAGGCAGCGUGCGUGUGCUGUAUGGCGCAUUGAACUGCCAGCUCUUCGACAGCAUCUUGGACGAUGAGCCCAUCAAGUUCAAAGGAGAUGAUGGGCAGCUAGACCUGCCGAACGAGGACCAGGCGGUGCUCAAGCUUACGACAGGAAACACGACCUGGCUGAACCGCCAAAACUGGUGGGUGCAUCAGGUACAGUGCCACGAUGAUUUUGACUUUGCGCUGUCCGUCCAUCUUUACAAGAGCUGCUCUGACGCGUUUGCUUUCAUGAAGCCCACCACUGGCCACACAGAGGCCCCGGCCUUGACACAAGUUGAAGGCGCACGUGCUCUUGAAAAGGGCAUGCCGAACAAUGAUUAUUUUUGGAACAUCAGUCUACCGGCGAGUGACGAACGGGUAAAGGAGAUCGGAUGCCCUGCGGACAGCGGUCAAUCGGCCGGUCCUCUCGAUUUUGAGAAGCACGUCUUGAACGAGGCCAAAGACAAGCCAACUACGCCUAUACCUCCCAGCCAUCCGGGCCCAGCUGGAGACCAGAGCCGAAUGCCUUCCCGCCAGAACAUCAAGGAUGCUACAAAGCAGCCUCCGGAGAGAGUUGCGCCCAGUGGACUGUCCUUGCAAGCCAAGCUAGAUGCCCGCAGAGAGAAAGAAUAUGGAGGCCCGCUUCAGCCACCAGGCCUCACUACUGUACAUGCAGAUGCCUCCGCGAGAGAGGGGGCGCCGGACGCUGGUGUGACCACAGAGCCAAGCUUUAUCGAGGACGACGACGACGAGCUCCACAACGGUGUGUCUGCACACUGGGCCGCUCUCAACGGGCACAAGGAGGUCCUCCACGACAUGGCACCCGAGACCCUCUCCUCCAAGAACGACGACGGCGAAGUCCCUGCACACUUGGCCGCUCGCAACGGGCGCAAGGAGGCGCUGCAGCUCCUCCACGACCUGGCACCCGAGACCCUCUCCUCCAAAAGCAACGACGGCAGGGUCCCUGCACACUUGGCCGCUCGCAACGGGCACAAGGAGGUGUUGCAGCUCCUCCACGACCUGGCACCCGAGACCCUCUCCUCCAAGAACAAUCGCGGCGUGGUCCCUGCACACUUGGCCGCUCACAACGGGCACAAAGAGGCGCUGCAGCUCCUCCACGACCUGGCACCGGGGACCCUCUCCUCCAAGGACAACGACGGCGAGGUCCCUGCACACUGCGCGGCAAGCAACGGGCACAAGGAGGCACUGCAGCUCCUCCACGACCUGGCCUUCGGGACCCUCUCCUCCAAGAACAACGACGGCGAGGUCCCUGCACACUGGGCCGCUCUCAACGGGCACAAGGAGGCGCUGCAGCUCCUCCACGACCUGGCACCCGGGACCCUCUUCUUCAAGAACGACGAUGGCGAGGGCCCUGCACACUGGGCCGCUUUUAGGGGGCACAAGGGGGUGCUGCAGCUCCUCCACGACCUGGCACCCGGGAGCCUUUCCUCCACUGACUGGAGGGAAGAGCUGUGUUUCCUCUGCCGGACACUUUAA